UUACUUUUCCUACUAAGGAUCGUUCGUCAGAAGGAUUUUGCCGCUACUUGGAAUUUUUGAAGCCCUAACGAGCUCAACAGAUUUCCGUCUCGUAGGCGAUCCAAUCAUGGGGCACUCGAACGUCUGGAACUCGCACCCUAAGAGCUAUGGUCCCGGUUCUCGCACCUGCCGGGUGUGCGGAAAUCCUCAUGGGUUGAUCAGAAAGUACGGCCUUAUGUGCUGCAGACAGUGCUUCCGCAGCAACGCUAAGGAAAUUGGAUUCAUUAAGUACCGCUAAAUGGCGAAAUUUUGCCUCUCCUGCCUCUCCCAUUAGAGAAUGUUUAAUGGAUAGAAUAUGGUUGCUGGAUUUGCUUAUAUAUGAGAAAGAACCUUGAACUUCUUUUCUGUCCCUAGUUCAUUAUUUCCUUGAACCUCGUGCUGAUUGUUGAACUUAGGCUACUACAAUGUUUACUAAUUUUGAAGAUUAAGUUAGUGUGUUUCAUUUGGCAGAGUA